AUGGGGUCCCUGUGCAAAUGUGUGCUGGAAACGAGAACUGGCGAUAUAGAUGAGAAAAUCAAAUGCUAUGGACUGAAAAAUAUGCUCCAGGUACCCACUGAAAAUCAAGAUGUAUGGUUUUUCAAAAGAUGGACAUGCUACUUGUCCUUCAUUUGGAAUCUCCCCAUCACUCAGCAGUAUCAAGAUAUCCCUGAAGAGAUUGUUCUACAAACUCUUGAGAAGGAAGCUGCCAUUUGCUUAGCUGCUCAGGAUGAAUCACAAAGGACAAGAGUCGAAGUUAAUCAUCUAGAGGACUUUGAAUCCGUUGAAAGAGAAAGAGCUGAUACUAUGCUGUCAACAAUGGCUGCACAGAUAAAUAUGAGAUUGGCAAGGUUCCUCCUUUAUGUGGGAUACAAAAUUCUCACCUGCUUAUUCUCCACUGUGCAAGUACAUGAAGGACAGUUGGAAACACUCAAACAGAUCUCAGAGACUCCUCAUCCAGUGAUAUAUGUGCCGUUGCAUAAGUCUUACAUGGACUACAUAUUGAUCUCAUUCAUCCUUCUCAGCAGGGGGAUGCAUGUUCCUAUGGUGGCUGCUGAAGAGAAUAUGAACAUUGCAGUUAUAGGACCCUUGCUGAAGCAGUUUGGUGUAUUCUUCGUAAGGCAGAAAAUGCAGAAGGACCAUAUGUAUCGAUGCAUCUUGCAAGCCUACAUUGAACAACUUCUAGUCAAGGGUCAUUAUCUUGAGUUCUUCAUUGAAGGUGCCAGGUCUCAAACUGGAAAGCCCAAGAGAGGAAUUUUGAGCAUCAUUGCCUCUGCUCAAAGGAAAGGCCUGAUAGAAGAUGCAUGGAUUGUUCCUGUUGGCAUCAGCUAUGAGAAGCUGGUUGAGGGAGAAUAUGUGUGGGAAAAUCUUGGUCGACCAAAAAUCCCAGAAUCCUUUCUUGGAACUUUGCAGGGCAUUUUGAGGAUUAUGACAUCUUCUUAUGGCAAUAUUCGAGUUGAUUUUGGUCAGCCCUGCUUACUUAAGGACUUUGGAGAAGGGAGAUUUCACCAGUCAGUUAUUAAGCCUCACCCAAAUAGCCAUUCCAGUAUCAAUGAACUGCAGUCUUCACAAAUGGAUUCAGAGACAAUACCAUUACUGGAAAAUUCUCCUUCUCUGAAGAAGCUCAGUGAAGGGAGCAGUAUGUGUCCACUUCAGAGCCCUCAGGAUGAUACCUUUCAUCAGUUUGUCAGACAUGUUUCAGUCCAUAUUGCUUAUGAUAGCAUGAGAUGUUGUGCUGUGAUGUCAACCCAGGUCCUCAGCCUUGUCUUUCUGACUCUCCUGCGAAGAGGAGGGACAAUUUGUGUCUUAGCAAAAGAAUUUGAAUACAUUGUAGAUGCCAUCAAAGCUCGCCACUUUGAUGUUGGCUUCACCGGUCAGACCAGAGACAUCAUCAUGUAUGCUGCUGAACUUCUUGGAAGUGAUCUGGUUCAUAUUGAAAGGCAUAAGCCAAAGACUUUUUUUCUCAUGAAGGCAAGCAGGGAUCUUUUGGACUUUUACAAGCCAAACCUCUUGACAAAAGGGGCACUUGCUCUUUCCUACUAUGCCAAUAUGGCAGCUAUCCCUUUUCAUCAAGAUGCCAUUGUUGCUACAGCAAUUUGGAGCUACUUUGGCUCUUCAUUCCGGGUAUUUAUGGAACAGCAACAUGGUGAAGAAGGAGCAGAAGACAUGGGAACACCUUUGUUACGCAUUGGACGACAAGCCCUUCAUAACAGGGUUGAGCAGUUGCAGGAGCUUCUUCAAUAUGAGAUCCUUUUUGCUCCUCCAUGCAUUGGAAGUGAAUUUGUUGCAGAAGUAAUUGAGGGGAUGUGUUCAGCUCAGAUUCUUCGCAGAGGAGGAUGGAUUGAUGUUCGACCAUCAGAAGCACGGUGGAUGCAAGAUCUAGCUGAGGACAUUGCCAUAGACUCACAUGAGAAUGAACUAGUUGGGGAUGAAGAACUUCAGACUGCCACUUUUGACCCCAACAAAGCUAAGGAUUAA